AUGCAAAGCCUCGACAGAUGGUCGCGGGCAGGCGGGCCGGGGCUCGCGGGGCCCUGUCGCAGCUCAUCCAGGCCUCGCUCCCGCAGGACCUGCUUGCACUGGGCCUGCAAGAGGAACCAUGCGCGCGUGGUGGCCUGCCUGCUGGACGCCGGCGCCGACAAGGCCAUCCUCACGGCCAAAGGAGAGCUGGCCGCCCAGCUGACAUCGAAGCCGGACAUCAGGAAGAUUUUGGGAGAGGAAGAAACUGAAUGUCAAGAAGUGAAAGAUCUAAAGUUGCCAAUUGUUGCAAACUAUUUGGCCAAUCCACCAUUUCCUUACAUUUACCCUAAAGAAAACAUUCCAGACGACUUGACAGAAUCCCAGAAUGAAAGUGUUUCCACGUCUUCCGCUUCCCAGCAUGAACCCGGUCCAUGUUCACCCGCAACUCAGGUCGAAUGCAUUUGCACACCUGCAUCACUGAAUGGUGAAGAGGAUUUUCCUGCUUUAUACCCUGCAGAGGAGCUGCCCACCCUGCCGGCAACUGUCACAGCGCCAAAAUGCGUCAAACCAAGCGUACAGAAUGGCCCUGUUUGUCACCCAUCCUUGUCUCACAGUAGAGGCCUCUUUUCACCGGUAGCAUCGAAACAGGCUGUACCUCAGCAAACGAAUGGGUCACCUACUGGCCCUGCACCAACAUUUCAACCCUUCUUCCUUGCUGGAACUUUCCCAUACAGCAUGCAAGAACUUGUGCUUAAGGUAAGAGUGCAGAACCUCAGAGACACUGACUUCAUUGAAAUUGAAUUAGACAGACAAGAACUGACCUAUCAAGAUCUGCUCAGAGUCAGUUGCUGUGAACUGGGUGUUAAUCCAGAACAAGUAGAGAAGAUCAGGAAAUUACCUAAUACGCUGGUGAGAAAGGACAAGGAUGUUGCCAGACUUCAGGACUUUCAAGAACUGGAACUGGUUCUUGCAAAAAGCGAUAACUCUCCUUUCAGAAAUGCUGCAUCGACUCUGACCGAAAGACCAUGCUACAACAGUAGAGCAUCUAAGCUGACUUACUGACUCUUCUAGUUGAGUCUAGAAUAUGAAAAAUCUGGUAAUUACAUGCUACUGCAGUUGAAGGCAGUGAAUUAAGUGUGUGUGUGAAACCUUAAGUUAUUGUUAGGGUUAAUAUUUUAACUAAUAGUUUAUCUUUGAUAUUUAAUAUCCCCUUUGCUUUUAUUUUUUUACUUGAUGCUGUAUUCAGAUAAAGGAUACCUCAUUUGUCUACUAAAAUCAUAUGCUUCCAAUGCAGUUCAAUAAAGUUUAUUAGUUGUAUUUGGCAAGAGAGAAUAUGAAGAACUUAAUUGAUGGUAUGAAAUGUAUGUUGAGU